AUGUUAUUUCGAAAUCUUGCCCUAAAGGAAAUGCAUUGUCGACAGACGAAGGAAAAUCUAACAGAAACAUUAGAGUAUGUGCUCAACCAAUAUGGUGUUGAAUUGAACCAAAUUUAUUCUGUCGCCCACGAUAAUGGUAGCAAUAUGGUGGCGACAGUUGGAUUGUUGAAGAAAAUGUUAGAGAAACCUAAUUUAAAUAACUGCCCACCAAUUAAUUUGCUCCUUGCUAAUGAAGAAGCUUGUGGCAUUUUCGAGCAUGCUGAUGAUACUUGUAAUGACACGGAUGACGACGACGACAACGAAGCUGUAUCUAAGUAUCAGUUUUGUACUCCAUCCAAUAUUGCAUUACCUGCAAACGAUUUUUUUGAUAAAACCCGAGAAGAGACACGAUUUGUUGCACCAGGCGAAGAAAACGACGACUAUGAAUUCGAGGGAAUACUUGAUAGUACGCGAUGUGCGGCGCACACGGCUCAAUUGGCUGUGUGGGAUGUCAUACGUCCAUACAAAGAACGUAUCGCGAAGAUCCAAGGCAUAGUUGUAAAGCUGCGAAACCGUAAAUAUCAUAAAUGUUUCAAAACUCACGAUGCUCAUCUACCUCCUAUCGCCAAUGAUACAAGAUGGAAUGGAAAGUAUCUAAUGGUGGCAUCCCUACUUAAACAACGGCAAUUUUUCAAUUUGUUGAAGACAAGUUUUCCCGAAACAGAUCUUACUCAACACUGGCCAUUCAUCGAGAAGUUUUGUGAAGCCUUUGAACCUGCUUUCAUACUUACGCUUAAACUGCAAAAAGUACAUUGUGCAUUGUCUGAAUUUUACACGUAUUGGCUACAGUCCCAAGCAAACCUAGAUAAAUUAAAAGCCAACGAGCUCGCCGUACAAUUGUUAGAGACUUUCAAAACACGAGCUCAAAAACUGGUUAGUACAUUGCAGUUCAAAGCAUGCAUGUACUUAGACCCUAGAUAUAAUUUUUUGGGUGCAAGGCGUAUAUCUACGAAGGACAAAGCGAAAGUUCAGGUUUCCAAAGUGGGGGAUGUUGAUGAUGUACAAGAUGUUCUCUCCGUUGGUUCCAAUGGUGGUGGUCGCAAAGCCGAGUGCCUCAUCCAAAAGUACUGGGGAGAUUCCCUGCUUGCUAAGAAUCUGACCUAUCAAAUCGAUCUCUUUAGAGUUGAGCAGUUUUCUGUUUAUUAUUUCUAG